AGUCACACAAAAGAGCUGUUGCAGCUGUAACCUCUUAUUCCUCUGCGAGGGGCUUGGGGUGGGCAAAGCCAUCCAGGCAUUUCCCCGGACAGGACGAUUAAUCUCCAGAAGAUUUUUUCCAGGCCAUCACUAAACCACUGAAUUAUAGAACAUUGAAAACUAAUACACUGACAUCAUUGAAAAACUCAUCUUACUACAAAGUGGAUUGUCUGAUCACUCAUUCGAGCCCUGAAUCAAGUCUCUCUCAGCCCCAAAGGCACUAAAUCGAAGACAAUAAAUUCAAGUACCAGUCGCAGCUGCGCGAUGAUUGUCAUGUAAGUCGGCAGCCAUGGCCAGCAGGAAACACCCGAGCGCCUCCAGCACCAUGUUGGAUCUCAGAUCGAGGUCUUGCCCACCGCCCUCUCACGACAAGGAAUCCGAGAGCGGAGAGGCCGAGCUUCCCCGGGGUGGCUAUGUCACGGAGGAAGUGGAGCGGCCUGCCGCUGGGACGGAGAGUCCCAUCCCGGGAGAGAACCAGUGCAACGACACCAGCGGCGAUGGCGGCGACUCCAGCUCCGACUACGUGAACAACACCUCCGAAGAGGAAGACUACGACGAAGGCCUCCCGGAAGAGGAGGAGGGGAUCACGUACUAUAUUAGAUACUGUCCCGAGGACGAUAGCUACCUGGAGGGAAUGGACUGCAAUGGGGAAGAGUACAUCCCCCACGAAGAGCGCAGCGUGGAAACCGACGAGUGCCAAGAAGCCGUCGAAGAAUGGACGGAGAAUAAACGCCAGCGCCCCGGGGAGGGUGACGAGGGAGAACGGCGGGGCUACCAGGAGGACCGCGUUCAGGUUUCGGAGGAUGAAGCGUCAUCUUUGGAGCUCCGAGACCCCGGGGAAAGCGUGCAGUACUGUCCGAGUGAAGGAAAUUAUCGGGACUAUUACCCCCCUGAAGCCAAUGGCAAUUCGAACGGAGCCUCGCCGUAUCACUCCGGAAAAGAUGACCCCGAGCUGGAAGAACAGGAAGAGGACAUCGACCAGAUCGUAGCAGAGAUCAAGAUGAGCCUGAGUAUGAGCAGCAUCAACAGCACGGGGGAAAUGAGUCCCGAGCACGUGGCGACGGAGGACGUGCCAAAUGACUAUAAAGAGACUUGCCAACAAGGAGAGGCUGGGCUCUGUACUAGCCGGCAUGAAGGAAGGCCCAAGUCCCUGAAUCUUCCCGUUGCUUCCAAACAUGUGGCGGAGGCCCAGAGGAGCUUUAAAACGAAAGCCAGGACUCCAGAAGAGAGGCAGAAAUGGCCACAAGAGCAGGUUUGCAAUGGCUCAGAGCAGCCAAGGAAACAGCAACGCUCAGAUCUGAAUGGACCUGUGGACAAUAACAAUUUAACAGAGACAAAGAAGGUGGCUUCCUUUCCAAGUUUUGUUGCGGUUCCAGGCCCCUGUGAACCUGAAGAUCUCAUUGAUGGAAUCAUCUUUGCAGCCAAUUACCUGGGUUCUACCCAGUUGCUUUCAGAAAGGAACCCUUCCAAAAAUAUCCGCAUGAUGCAAGCACAAGAGGCAGUCAGCCGUGUCAAGAGGAUGCAAAAGGCUGCUAAAAUCAAGAAAAAAGUGAGUUCUGAAGGUGAUGCCCAGACCCUUACUGAAGUGGAUCUUUUCAUCUCUACCCAGAGGAUUAAAGUUUUAAAUGCAGACACCCAGGAAACGAUGAUGGACCAUGCCUUGCGCACAAUCUCCUACAUUGCAGACAUCGGGAACAUUGUUGUGCUCAUGGCGAGGCGUCGAAUGCCCAGGUCCGCUUCUCAAGACUGUAUUGAGACAACACCUGGUGCCCAAGAAGGGAAGAAACAAUACAAGAUGAUCUGCCAUGUCUUUGAAUCAGAGGAUGCCCAGCUGAUUGCUCAGUCCAUUGGCCAGGCCUUCAGUGUGGCGUACCAGGAAUUUCUGCGGGCCAACGGCAUCAACCCAGAAGAUCUGAGUCAAAAGGAAUAUAGCGACAUCAUCAACACUCAAGAAAUGUAUAAUGAUGAUCUCAUUCAUUUCUCUAAUUCAGAAAAUUGCAAAGAGCUGCAGCUAGAGAAGCAGAAGGGGGAGAUCCUGGGGGUGGUGAUUGUGGAAUCGGGCUGGGGCUCCAUCCUCCCGACAGUCAUUCUGGCUAAUAUGAUGAACGGAGGUCCCGCGGCCCGCUCUGGCAAGCUGAGCAUUGGAGACCAGAUCAUGUCCAUCAAUGGGACCAGUUUAGUGGGUCUUCCUCUUGCCACGUGCCAAGGAAUCAUCAAGGGUCUGAAGAAUCAGACGCAAGUGAAAUUGAACAUUGUCAGCUGUCCUCCCGUCACCACCGUCCUCAUAAAGCGGCCAGACCUGAAAUACCAGCUGGGCUUCAGUGUGCAAAACGGAAUUAUUUGUAGCCUGAUGCGAGGCGGGAUAGCAGAGCGAGGAGGGGUUCGAGUUGGACAUCGUAUUAUUGAGAUCAACGGGCAGAGUGUGGUGGCCACGGCCCAUGAGAAGAUAGUCCAAGCUUUGUCCAAUUCUGUGGGAGAGAUUCACAUGAAGACGAUGCCAGCCGCCAUGUUCAGGCUCCUGACGGGGCAGGAAACUCCCCUCUACAUCUAGCUGGUGGCUGGUUUUCGGCAACGAACUGAAGGAGAUUCGUUCAACUUUCCACCUGAACUGGGCUCUGCACAGCGUAAGAAAGCUGGGGUUUUGUAAGAAUUUCGUGGCCGAGGACAGGACCUGAAAAUUUAGCCAACUGGGUGAACAGGCUCCACAGAGUGAGUGAGUGAGUGAGAGAGAGAGAGUGUGUCUGUAUUUUUCUUUCAUUCCUUUUUCCUUUAGGCCAAAAAAGAGAUGUGUCAAGAUGGCAGCCCAAUAUACCAUCUUUGUAAAAACAUCUAGGUGUUUCGCAACGUUUCAUUACUUUUCUCCUCAUCUUUGACAACGACAUUUGUUUGUCACCUCUGCGCGGCAUGCUGUAUGUCUAUCCUGAACUCCAGUGGAUGUGAGUGUGUGACGAGUGGGUCUGCGACAGGAUAAAAGGAAAACUUAAUACGAAGUCGUGGUUGAUUAAAAAACAAAAACAAAACGAAGGCUAGUUCCCUCAGAUUGGUUUUCAAGACUGUUCUGACUCAGAUCGUGUUUGAUGGUGUAAAACGUGUGUGAUUCAGCUACUGCUUUCUAAAGAAAACGGUAUCCUUAUGACAAGUAUAUAACUUGUAAUUAAAGUUUGGCAAAAUGUGAAUUGUAAGUACGUGUAUUUUUAAAAAAGGAGCCUUUCCUAUGUUAAAUAAAGACUGAUGGCCACACCAUUAAAAAAAUCUAAAUAUUUAUUUAGAUAUGUAUUUAUGGUUUGGGAUUUUAAUUUUGACAUAUUGUUCCUUCAGGCUUAAAUAUUCAAAUGCACCAGGAACAGGUCAGCUACUCUCUUCUAUAAUCUGUUCUACAAUCUAAGAUGUAAUAGUCCUUUUGGUGUAUUCCUUGCUGAUUAAAACCGUGCAGUGCUCACUAUGGGAAAGCCAUGCUUGCCAGUUGCUUCUACUAGAGGAGCAAGGCCUCACAAGGUUUCUACUGUCUUUUAUACACAUGUAAAAAAUACAGCAGCCACUUCAAUCUCUCCCUUCAAUCUUUCAUUCCUGAGGCAACAUGUUACAAACAACAAUUGAUUUGGAAGAGCAACAGACUGACCCAUCAGCAGUAUUGAACUGUGUGUAGAUAAAGUAUGAUACUGGUGUCAAAUUGUAUUCAUUAUUGAGAUAAAUGGUAAUUGAUGUCAUUUUUGUCUUGAUUUUUUUUUUUUGGCCCAGGCCUUGAAGAAAAUACACUGUGACUUAAGAAGCCUUACUAUGCAGUAACUAAAGCUUUAGGGUUACUGUAAUUCAAGGGGUGACCUAUGUGUUGCAUGCAACUGACCGUAGGAAAGAGUUAAGCUAAUAUCACUAAUAAAUCUAAAGUAAUAAAGAAAAUGUGCUUGUUGUGUUUGUUUUUUAACCAAUGAUUUAGAGGGAUGAAUUUCUAAAAGUUUUCCAUAGUGCACAUGGGUAGCAUUUUGGUGAAUGAUAAUAGCUGGUAAAUAUCCUUUCCUCAACAAAUACGGGUAACAGCCCUAAACUAUCACUUGAGACAGUGAUGGGUAAUGAAUGCCUAUAAUUAUUAGCAUUGGAAGUUGCCACAGGAUGUCACACUAAUGAGGCUGAGAAAACAUUUACUAAAAGAAAAAAAGAAAAAACAUUCAAUAACCCUGAUGGAUCUAAAACUCAAAUGCUGAGCUAAUGCUGCUCUUCUGCCAUUUGCUCAGCGCUGUCCCUCUUUGAUUAAUUCAGAAAGGUAUUGAAUGAGUUAUAGACCAAGGACCAUCCUCAGCAAGAUUGUCAGAGUUGAGUUAUUGAUUUUUGGCACUCUAGUUUUAUGAGAAAACAACCCCAACUUCUAGUUAAGAGGGGAGGAACGGAAUCAUUAAUUCUUGGAGUGUUUGCAUUGGAUAUAUUUCUAAGAAUGCCAAAUUUUGGGGCCGGGGGGGAGACCCAGUCUCUAGCCUGAGCCCGUUGUGGGCAGGGUUUGUCUCUAUUUGUUGCCGAAUUGUACUUCCCAAGCGUAUAGUACAGUGCUCUGCACACAGUAAGCGCUCAAUAAAUUCGAUUGA